AUGAAGCUUCACCCAUUGAUGAAGUUAGGGACCCAGGUACUGACUUUUCUUUGCUUGACUGAUGGGGGUGAUCAUGGGGAUACGAGAGUUCAAGGAAAUAAUAGAUGUAAAUUAUGGGAUCCUCACAUCCAACCUUCUCAAGACUUCAACAUGACUGCUUCAGCUCAGUGGAUCUUGCGGGAAAGGCCAGUAAAACCAACUCAAAAGAUGCAACAGAUGGAGUGGAGUGGAGUGGAGUGUUGUUGA